CUCGACUUCCGGGGAGAGGGGGACCGGGAGUGUGUCAGGACGACUUUAUUACUUCGGACUUGCGGAGGCCUACCGGGCGAGGACUCCGCGCCCAAAGCCAGUGCUCAGUCUACAACUUCGCUUGAGAGGCGGGCGAGGCCGCUGAAUUAAGGGAUAGCUCUGGGGCCGCUCCAAAGGAGCGAAGCCGGCCGCAGCUUCUGCCAUGGUUGGGCCCGCCGUGUUGCGCGCUCUGCGUAAGAACAAGACCCUUCGCUACGGAGUCCCAAUGUUGUUGCUGGUUGUUGGAGGCUCCUUCGGGCUGCGUGAAUUUUCACAGAUUCGAUAUGAUGCUGUGAAGAUUAAGGUUGAUCCUGAAUUGGAAAAAAAAUUGAAAGGAAAUAAAAUAACUUUAGAGUCAGAAUAUGAGAAAAUAAAGGACUCCACUUUUGAAGACUGGAAGAAUAUUCGAGGCCCAAGGCCCUGGGAAGAUCCUGAACUCCUCCAAGGAAAAAACCCAGAAACUCUUAAGCCUAAGGCAGCCUGACUGUGCUCAGCUUUUCAAUAAAAUGUCCUCUCCUGGCCCUGUACUUCACUAGGAAGAAGAUUCCCGACCUGUACAGACUUGGAUGUGAGUAAUGUGAUGGCAGAAUGUGUUGAUUAAAAAGUCAAAUGUGA